AUGGUUGUUGGUAAAUGUGUGGCUGCAUAUCCAAUUCAAGAAGAUGCCUUGGAGACUGGUGAACUUGACUAUGCCAAUGGAGCUGCGCUUGUUCCUUACUCCAUAGCAGGAAACUCCCUAGGACUUCCUGCUGUCACCAUUCCGGUUGGGUAUGAUAAACUGGGUUUUCCUAUUGGUCUUCAGUUUAUGGGAAGGCCUUGGUCUGAAGCAACAUUGAUCAACUUUGUAUAUGCAAUGCAGGCUAUCUUUAGGCCAGAGUACAGAAAGCCAAAGAUUUAUUAUAAUCUAAUAAGAAGAUAA